AUACUAAGACAAACAUCUAAUUCAUCUAAUUCAAAUCAGAUAUAUGUUCAACACUCAAAUGUAGAUGUAACAUGUCAUUCUUCAAAACUGCCAAGCCAGAAUGUACUUAAUUAUUUGAAAAAUUCAAAUGAAGGAAAAGCUAUUCUGUUCAAGUAUAAAGAAAGUGGCUUAUUAGAUAAUUUUGGGAGAAGGCAGUUGUGUAAUUUGAUUGUACGAAAAGAACUUGAAAGCGAACCAGAGAAAAUAGUUACAAGUCAGAAACUUUUAUUGCUGUCACAAGAAAUCACUAAUAUUUUUCCAAAAGAACAUAUUAGCACUUAUUUCAUUCCAUACAUGAAUUAUGGACCUACAAUAAAAAAAGCAGCAAAAGGAAAAUUGUUGGACUGCUUUAACAAUCGCAGAAGAGAUUAUAAAAAAUCUGGUGUCAUAACAUCACAUUCUAGACAAUCAGCCUCACCUAUUGAACAACAUUCUUUAAACUUAAACACCAUAAACUCUGAUUUAGAAAAUGUUGAAGAACCUAUUAAAUGGUUAAACAAUUCUUCUGAUCCCUGGGAUUUAGUUGAAAAAUAUUGGAGUAUUACCAGAAACUAUAGACUUCAACAUUUAUUAAAUACAGAAACUCAAACAGUCUGUCAAUAUAUGAAUGAGUUUCCAGCAUUAAAAAAACCCAUGGGAUAUAAUCUUUUGCUUGCAGACUUUAAUUUUAUAUAUCCUGAAAAAAUACAAACAUUAUUUGAAAACUUUCUGAUUUAUAAGGACAAGAUUUUAGAACUUUCUGAAAGUACUUCUUCAAAUCUUAGAGAUCAAACACUCAAAAAUGUAUUAAAUUAGUACUUAGAUCAAGCUCAAAAAAACGAAGAAUUGUCUUUAGUGGCAGCGUUCUUGGUUCUACCGUUCUUGUUUUCUCCUGUUACUUUUAAAAAUAAAAGGGGCAAAUGUAAUU